GUUUUUGUGUCAACUUCAACAGAUAUCUCCCUUUGUGAAUUAUUCGCACGUCUCAUAAAUCGUUUACGGGCUACUCCUGCUCUAUUUGCUGUCCUGGAUGAGGUAUGUCAACCGAUUGAAAUAUGCGAUAGUGCUUUAAAUGUGCAAUACAUAAAUCGAGCUUAUGAAACAAAUACUGGUUUCAAGCGGAAUGAAAUACUUGGCACAAAAUCAUCCGAUAUUCGACGAAAAUCAUUGCAACAAAAAAAUCCAAUAAGAUCGAAAGAUCUUAUUACACUAACAACAGCAGAAGGUGAAGCAAUACGACAAGGAAGUUAUGAAUGGCAAUGUAUACAAGUACCUGGAAGUUCUACCAGCCAACAGUUUGUUUAUUUAAAACGAAAUAAUGGUGAUUCAACAUUCCAUACUAAUACAUCAUUACGAAGUGAACGAUCACAAACAGCACUUGUCGAUGCACCUAUCAAUGAGGUAUUAUUCUCAUUACGAGAUGCUAUGAUGCGAGCAGAUGAACAAACACAACAAAUCCUUCGAGACGCAAUUAAAGUAUUAUCCUCAUCCGAAUUAUACGCUCCAACAAUAACACGUUUUGGUAAUAAUGAUCGAAUAGCAAUUGGCUACUAUGACGGAUUGAUACGUGUUAGUUUUUUGUUCCUAACAUGA